CGAAGCUAUGAUUUUGUCUUGAGCGCGUGUUUUCAAAUUGUUCGUCACAGAAAUGGAUGAACUCAGUUGGGGUGUUGAACUUUGGGAUCAAGUAGAGAAUCUUUUUAAACAUGAAAUCGAUCAGAUCGGGCUAACUGAGUCCUACUUCAAACUUUUCUCCGAUGUCCAAAAGUUACAGCAUGAAUUUGGAAAGAAACUAAGGAAAACGGUUUCUGUAUAUUUACCGAGGAAGAAACCCGAUGUUGACGAAUUAUCUUCCGUUCUGACAUAUUCAAGUAUCGUUCCACAGAUACUUGAAAUGGGUGUAACACAUGAGGCUAGUUCCAAAAAACUUAAUGAAUCUGUUGUCAAUCCAUUGAAAACUCAAGUCGAAAAUGAGAAGAGAUCCUUGGAAAAACAGCGUUCUCAUUGGUCAAAGCUAAACGCGACCAUAGAACAGUCGCGUAAACAGUUAGAAUUAAGCUGGCAAAAGUAUGUAACCAAUUUCAAAGAAAGGCAGAAAGCAUAUGAGGUUUCGGAAAAGGCUCAAAACGAUAUCCAACUAGCGCGGGUCGAUCAACAGAAGUUUGAAGCUCUUUAUCAAAGUAAAAUGCAGUCUUUUGAUCAAGCUAGUAGAAAUUACGUCGAUGAAUUAGCUAAAUACAAUAUAGCCAAUCGACGUUACUUCAGCACAGAUAUAGUGACUUUUGUAGAUGAUAUGGAAUGUUCAAGUCGUAUGCGAAAUAAUCGUACUCGUGAACUUUUACUGAUGGUCACCCGCAUUAAUGAAGAAACAAUUUCCAAACUUACUAGCUGCAACAAGCUGAUUUCUGAGGCUGUUUCUGCUCUUGAUUCCUCCUAUGACUCAGCUAAGGUAAUAAAGAGGUUGCAUACAGAUGAACAACCUCCUGCUGAUUUACCAUUCCUUGAUUUGGAUAAAUGUCCUCCAGGUAUUUUGGAUGGUUCUGUCUCAGAACUGGGAGCUUUAAUACUUGGUGUCGAGUCAGCAGAAUGUUCAAAUCAGUUAAAUAACUCAGGAAGUGCUAUUUCAGGAAGCGGGAUGAUGAGUGGACUCAUUCGGUCUACUCACAAGAAUUCAAAAGAUGAAUAUCUUAGUUUACGCUCACCAUUUAUUUGUGGCAUUAGUGUAAAAAGUAUAAAAAAUACAGAUUUAACUAUCAGACAAGUUGCUGACCGGAUAAAAGUACUAAGGGACUUGGUUAUGAAGACUGAUAAUGAACUACGAAGUACCGAUCGUAUGAUUGAAUCCUGUCGGACAAAUCCUAAAUUCGGAGAUAUGGAAUGCUUAGUUCGAGCAGGUGCUACUUACAGUAGACGUUUAAAUUCUUUAAAGCAACACAUUAAAGAACUUGAGGUGAAAUUCAACAAUCUAGGUGGUGAUCUAGCUUAUACAAAAGCUGAAUCAAUAGCUGAAAAGCUUAGUUCACGUGCUGUAAUCAAUAACAACACAAAUACUUCUAAGGUUCGAUCUGUAAAUACUAAAUCUCUUGAUGAUGAUGAAGAUGAUGAUGAUGAUGAAAGUGAUCAUUCAUUUGAUUCGGAUGCUGACGUUGCUACGAAUAACAGUAAAGAUGAUAGUACUGUAAACAGCAGUUCGGAUCUACACGCAGGAACUCGAUAUGUUGGCUAUGCUUCUGCUCUUUACGAAUAUGAAGGUGAUGGGAGUACAUAUUUAGCAACAAAGCCCGGAGAAUUAUAUUAUGUUUUAAAAGUAGAUUCAACUAAUUCUGGAUGGACAGCUGUAGUAUCUGAAGAUGGAACACGUCAAGGUUUUGUUCCAACUGGUUACAUCAAUUUAACCCUUUAUUGAAUUGUCACUUUUUAUCAAUUUGUUAAUUUUUGUCAUUUCCACCUUCCCCUAAUUCUCAAUUCAAUUUACUGUUAAUAUGAGUAUUACAGCUCAUCCAGUUGAAUGAAUUAGUAUUUUCCUCUUUUCAUUAAUAUUGAAAAUAAUAUAUUGGUUUGUACAUUCACUCCCCUGACUUAAUUAUUGACACUUUAAUCUUUAUUAUUUUCAAUUAUUAUCACUACUGUUAUGUAUGACUAUUCUUAUUCUCUAAUAGUUGACUUUAAGUCUACACAAUCAGCUUAAUUAUUUGAAAAUUCCACCUCUGUACACCAGUUACUUUUCACAUAUAUUACAAUAAAUGUUAAAUGUACAAUACAUUAAUCAUUUAUAACACCUUGAACACUUAACACACUAGUGCCUUUACUCAUGAUUCACUGCAACUUACUGAUUGAUGUUAUGAUUGUAUUAUCUCAUUGUUUUUCUUUUCAAUAAUGUUCACCUUCUAAAAACGAAAGUCACCUUAUCGUUAACAUUCAGUUUGAUUUUGUAUUCCAAUGUCAUUAAAUAAAAGUCAACUAGUGGUAUUAAUUGAUUGAUCAUCUAGUCUUUAAUAUUUCCAAUAUAAUUUAUCCGAUUUGUUCAUUCCUAUUAUUGCGUAAUCAUUAAGCUUGUAUUCAUUUAUUUAUUUUUUCAUUUAUGAAACAUGUUGAUAAUGAUGUUUCGCAAGAUUUGGUUUGCUUAAUAUGUAUUCCGUUUUCUAUUAUUUUCUUUUAUUCAAAAACGGUAUACCCUAAUUCUUGUACAACAUACACUUAUGAACAAUAAAAUGAUUUUAAAAACAGGUAUGACACUCAACAAUUUAUUUGCUUCAAUGUCUAACUGCUGAAUCUAUUUUCAAUGCAUCAUAUUUGCGAACCUCUACUUGAUUUCAUUGUUUUUCUCAUCUUUUUGUCUGUUUUUUCCUAACUAAUUUUAGCUGACGUAAUUUGGUAAAUUGUGUGGUUGUAUAUUUUAUGUAUUAAUUUUUCUACAUAUAAAGAGGAUACUAUAUAUAUUGGUGUUUCAGUUAUGCUAGAUACUAACGCCUUUCUCAUCUGUUGAUUGGUAAGUGGCAUGGUAGCCUUCAAUUCACCUUGUAGUUAUUUAAUAAAACAUAUGUGUUUACCCUAAUCCAAGUAUUUGGAUUUCUCUUAGUACAAGAUUUAUACAAAUGGUUUUACUACGUUUGUUGUUUAUAUGACGGCUAAGUUAAUUGUUCUUGAAUUUAAAUAUGGAUGCCCGGCAGUAGUGACUCAAGACCAUUGUCUGUUCCAACGAAUGUUAUUUCUAAAACUAUUUUCUUUUCAGUUCACAACUCAGCAAGAAAUAGUUUUUCACAGAUUUACAGUCAGAUCUGUCUCCGUACUUAUGGAUGUGGAUUAAUGUGAAGAGAACAUUUUGUUAGAUCACCAUAAGAAUGUCUAUCAUUUAGGCAGUCUAUUUUGUAUAUAAUCAUUGAUAAAUCACUGAUAUCACAACUAAACAAUAGUAUCAUUUUAGGAAGAUGGUGACAAUAGGUCGAUACGAAUUAAUAAACAAUGGUAAUGAAAAUAAGGAUAUAUUAUUGGGAAAGUUGUUAUUAUUUCGAGCUGACUUUAUGUGACUUAAUUGUUAAUAGUAUAAAACAUGAAAUGUUUUCAUGACAUGUAAGUAGAAGUGAAGCCACUUCACAAUACUCCAUUAUUGGUUGACAUGAUACUAUGGCGAAUAUUAAUCUCGUAAGCCUAGAGAUAUCUUCAGUGAAUAAAAUACAAAUGAUAACAUAAACAGAUAUAAUAAAAAGGUGGUAUGAAUAUAUCAUCAAAUACGUUUCGUUAUGGUAUAUUCGAGAUUCUACCUAUUAGAAGAUACAUGAAAUGGUCUAGGGAUUAAUAUGCUCGGUUCGUUUAUUCAUACUGUUUUUGUCCUCAGUAUUUCCAUUUGGGACUGUAGUGCAUCGAAAUGUUCCAUGGUUCAUUAAUUUUUUUGAAGUAAACUAAUUAACAUCAGA